GAUCUGGAUAUGGAGGAUGGGGAUCGGUAUGGGGACGAACUCGAUAUGCCUGGACAGAAAUUUGACAGCAAACAUCGACAGUCCAUCCGAAAUCUGCGUAUUCGCGAGGACACCGCCAAGUAUCUCUUCAACUUGGAUCCGAAUAGCGCUUACUACGAUCCGAAGACACGUGCUAUGCGUGAGAAUCCUUUCGAAGGUACCGGAAAACCGGAAUCUGAGGUGCCUUUUGCUGGUGACAAUUUCGUUCGUUAUGAUGGUGAAGUGCAGGAUAUGGUCCGGAGUCAGGUGUUCGCUUGGGAAAUGCACAACAAGCUUGGUCUUGAUGUUCAUCUGCAAGCGGAUCCGACCCGCUUGGAACUUUUAUCCAAAAAAGUGGCAAAAGCUAAGGAGGAUGUUCAGUCGAAAAUUCGUCAAGAAAUUAUGGAUCACUACGGUGGGCGUGAGCAUCUGGAGCCAAUCCCGCGCGAGCUUCUUCUCGGUCAGUGGGAAACCUAUGCCGAAUAUUCACCUACUGGCCGAGUAAUCAAAGGCGUAGAAAAGCCCACCGUCAAGUCCCGAUAUGAAGAAGACGUCUACAUCAAUAACCACACGGUAUUUUGCUUCUUAUUGAUGUUAUCUUUUUCCUACUGA